AGAUUCUGCGCGGGUACAUACUAUUUCCGUUGCGCUGAAAGACCAUGAUAAGAGAUGAACUACAUGAGCGAACGAUAUGAUCAUAAGAACCUGGACAGCUCUAGUAGUUUUCAUAUAUGUAUGUUUGCCAUGUAUCGUCUGCAAGAAGAACUACACCAUCAAACCCAGAGCGGUGGUCCCGGAGAAUUAUGUAAAAGAAAUUCGCCCCCCUUCGCCCAAAGGGCAGCCAGUGACGGUGGACGUCAGCAUUUACGUAGUAGACAUAAAUUCAAUAAAUGUAGAAGACAUGGAUUUUCGAAUCGACAUGUUCGUGCGGCAGCGCUGGGCGGAGCCCCGACUGCGCAUGCCCAACGACAUCUUCGAAGAGGGCGAUGACUCGGUGACGCUGCCCUCAGAGUUCGUGGACAACCUCUGGCAGCCGGACCCCUACAUCCUCAACGCCAAGGUCUCAGAAAUUGCCAAGCUGCAGCACAAGUUCCUGAGCGUGACGCUGUUCAAGAACAAGACGGUUCGCUAUGCGGCCCGCAUGCACGCCAUCAUUGCCUGCCAAAUGGAGUUCCAGCUGUACCCCAUGGACAUACAAGUGUGUCCCAUGUACAUCGAAAGCUCUCGUGAAAGUUCAAGCGAGGCUGGAAGUGUGAUGUGGGCGUGGUCGUGUGUGGCAGUCUCGUUCAACAACCAGAAGCUCCGGCUGCGCUGGGGCGAGGACGCGGUGACGGUGAACCCCGAGCUGAAGCUGCUGCAGUACAACGUGGGGCAGCCGCUCCAGAUGGAGGAGACGACCGGCUACAUGCUGGAGAGGGAAGCCAACUUCUCGCGCCUGGUGCUGUACUUCCGGUUCGAGCGGCAGAUCGGCCACCACCUCAUCCAAACGUUCGCGCCCAGCGCGCUGGUGGUCAUGCUCUCGUGGUUCAGCUUCUGGAUCGGGCUGGACGCCAUUCCGGGCCGCGUCACGCUGCUCGUCACCUCGAUGCUCACCCUCGUCACCAUGUUCACCGGCCUCAAGUCCGACAUCCCGCCCGUCGCCUACGUCAAGGCGCUGGACCUGUGGAUGGCCGGGUGCAUGGUGUUCGUGUUCGCGGCGCUGGGGGAGUUCGUGGUGGUGAAGGUGCUGGACGUGCGCUACCAGGCGGAGAAGAGCUCGCGUGCCUCCGUGCCGCGCAUCAUGCCCAUGCAGCGGAUCCAGGCCAUGGACAAGACGCACUGUGUGGCGGCGUGGGACGUGGAGUCGGCGGGGGUGCGCUGCAGGAAAUCCAGUCUGACCAACCUAAGAAAUCGUCGACUCAUCCAAGUGUCUUGGAUAGAUCGCCGGACUGGCCAGGAGAAAGUUCUAUGGAGGGAAAUAGAUCAUCAAUCCAGAAUUAUUUUUCCAGUAUUCUUUCUUCUGUUUGUGGUGUUCUAUUGGCCAAUUCUGUUGUUGAAAAAGUCACAGUUACUUGGAAAUUAAUUGUUGAAUGCGCCACAACUUGAAUUAUAUAAACGAGUGGACAUGGAAAUUUCGUAUGGAGAUCGACAAGAUUGUAUAAUUUUCAAGUAUCAAUAAGUACUUGUUCACUUCAAUAUUUUUAAGAUGUAUAAUAAGAAUGACAAUUUUGUAAAUAGAAAUGAUGGAAGGUGAAUAUGUGUGUUAUCUAAAUAAGGAGCGAGAAACAAAUAUAUCAUAUAUUUUCAUAAUAGCAUUGUACGUAAUCUCUGAUGUUAGUAGUAACGAUAUUUUGAUGAAGUAUGUUACCAUUAAUGUAUAAUUGUGCCUUCAGAGCGUUAUUUGAACAACGCCGAAACCUUUUCAUUUUACAAAUGGACAGUAUUAUUGUUUAAAGUUCUAUUACUGAAUUAAAGUAGAUAUAGUCUAUUCAGUUUUUGCUUCUUAUAGGCAAAAUGCCAAUUUUGCAGCAAAAUGACUAUGGCCGCUAUGCGGCUGAAAAUAAUUUUGUAUAAAAAAUAAUGGCUACAUCCACUUUAAUUCUAGCGUCAGCAUAAACAUCACAAUUGUCCUUUAUUGUUGAAAAGCUUUAUUAAAGCGAAUCUCUUUAAAUGAGAUUUAAUAUCUUCUAACUAAGAAUUGAUCCAAUUGAAAUUUUAGGUCUAGAUAGUACCCCGUCAUGCAAUUAUCUUCCAGCCCUAGAUAUCCUAGAUAAGGUCAAUGACAUUUAAGGAAAGUAUUUUCUGGAACCCCAAUCAUAAUUUAACCAACUUCAACUACGGAACUCAUAACCGGUUGGUGCUGGCCGGGAACGAGGUCAGGGACUUGGGUCGAGAAGAACAGGGUAUGGAGCUCUGUGAUGUUUUUACCUAGUCGCGGCGCUUCGGGAGAGGAAGUAUAGAAUAUAAAAACUAUAAUGACAAUUUUAAAAAAUACUAUUAAUAAUACUAGUUUGAUAUGAAAACUUUCUUUAGUUACAUUUGAUAAAAUCAUGAUUUUGUAUUCAUUUCAUUUCGGAUGAGGAAAAUCCAUGAUAUUAAGAUCUGAGGAGUAAAAGAAACAUUACAGUUCUUUAACACAGUAUAUAUUACGCGAAGAAAAGACGCGAAUUUCGCGAAUUAGUUUUUUAUAACAAUUAGCAGAAAUCUCAAGUGACAGUGUAUAUCAGAACAACACUUCUUUAUUACACGACAAACCUACAUUAUCUGGAAAACUGACCUUCAGAAUUGAUACUUUGUGUUAAAAAUAAUGAUUAAAACUAAACGUUCUACAACAGCCCAUACCUUCUCGCAUUAUUUCUA